GUCUACCACAAUGCUCAGCGAGACAAACUCAGUAGUGACAUCACCGGCCGACCUUUCGAUGGCUAACAUGCUAGACUCGGAAUUGCGAGUUGGACAAUCCCUAGGCUCGAAUCUACGGCCAGCCUGAUCGAUACCUCGAUGCUCGAGAACCAACUCCCACCACAACAACAACCACAACCACAGCCUUGUCGCUGUCACUGCGGCAAGGUCUUCAGUCGACCGGAAAACCUCGCGAGGCACGCUCGGAAUCACGAUACGGUCAGACCGUUCAGAUGCUUGGCUCCCGGUUGCGGCAAGGCUUUCACCCGAUCAGAUCUGCUCAGGCGGCACGGACAGCUUCACGGGGAUCAGGAGGAGACCGGCCGGUUAGAGGGGGCCAACAAGAGGGCUGCUUCGUCGACGUUAGAUGAGCCUAUGGGAAAGCGUCUCGCUCUCGAAGAUCCCUCUCGACCCUCGAUCGACCUCGACGGGACGUUUGUAUCGCACCCGACUUUGGCUCUGGGCGUCGAUCGAUUGGUACCGGAACUCGAGCCUCGAGACGGCCCCGAUGAGGAAGAGGACGAUGAAGGCCUAGGACCGCUCUUGCCGGACGACUUGUUGCCAUGGGACAACGGGAUGAUGUGGUUCUUGAACGAUUCCUGGUCGAUCUGUCCGAUCGAAGAACCGCAGGUCGGGUCGGAUACGGUCCAGGUGGAAAGUCGAGCGGCGACCCCACCGAUCGAGAGUAGCGACGAGGACAAGUGGCGUGAGUCCUACGAAUUGGGAUGCUCGUGGGAGGAUCCCGUUCGGAGCCGGGGCAACGAUCCCGUCCAUCCUGCCAGCAGACUUUGAGGGUAUUCACGGUAGAUGGGGCCGGUUCUGGAUCUCGGAGACGCUACUGGCGCGGAUACAGCAGAGCUUGACCGUAGCUACGAAGGCACCG